AGCACCACCCCUUCCGGGCGUACUAACUGGCGCCCAGGCUCGGGCCUCCGUGACGCACCGCGGCGACCACGCGGACGUAGGGGCGCCGACGCUCGCGCCCCGCCUCCCCCGCGCUUCUGACGCGCCGCGAUCCGCGCUGGCGCGCAGGGGUGGCCGCAGGCCCAGGUGAGCGACCGCGCCUCCUCCGAUGAGCGAUGAGCUAAGGCGUCGAGGGCCCGCCCAACAGCCGGAAAGGAGGCGUGGGCAUGGAGCCGGCGGCGGCCGUGGAGACCCGAACCGGCGCCGCUGCCUAGGGCUCCGGGUGGGGUCUCCGUGGGAGCGCGCCCGUCGAGCGGCUCCAGGGACCCGUAAGUCCCCGCGCAGCCCGGCUCUGCGCGGAUGGCCUUCCUCCCGCAGCCCGCGCUCGCCUUACCCCUCCUCCUCCUCCUGAUCGCGUCCCUCACGUGCCAGGAUGAGGGGCAGACCACCGACUGGAGGGCCACCCUGAAGACCAUCCGGAACGGCGUGCACAAGAUAGACACGUACCUGAACGCCGCCUUGGAUCUCCUGGGGGGCGAGGACGGGCUCUGCCAGUAUAAGUGCAGUGACGGAUCUAAGCCUUUCCCACGUUAUGGUUAUAAACUCUCCCCGCCGAAUGGAUGUGGCUCUCCACUGUUUGGUGUUCAUCUUAACAUUGGCAUCCCUUCCCUGACAAAGUGCUGCAACCAGCAUGACAGGUGCUACGAGACAUGUGGCAAAAGCAAGAACGACUGUGACGAGGAGUUCCAGUAUUGCCUCUCCAAGAUCUGCCGAGAUGUGCAGAAAACACUAGGACUAGCCCAGCACGUUCAGGCAUGUGAAACAACAGUGGAGCUCUUAUUUGACAGUGUUAUACAUUUAGGCUGUAAACCAUACCUGGACAGCCAACGAGCUGCAUGUCGGUGUCGCUAUGAAGAAAAAAUGGAUCUUUAAAGAAGAUGCUGCUAGGUGGUAACAGCAGAUGAGAACAGAAGAACUUAACUUUGGACCGAGAACUGAUGUUUUUAGCAGGAAGCUGCCUUCUUUUUGUGAGAGGAUUAUUUUAAGACCUCAUUUUGACACUAAAACUUCAAACUAAGGAAGAAAGUGGGAGAGGUUAACUUCCUAGACUGCUGUCUUAGUGCACCAAAUUGUCUUGACCAGUGUCACAAGGAGGUGCAUAUUAAAGGGGGAGUUUUUAAGGGUCUGUAACUAAAUUUUCACAAUCAUGUUUGCAAAAGAGAUCGUAUGUAAAAUUCAUUUAUAAGGUAUGUUCAGCAUUAUCUUAUUUAGAAACAUGGGGAAUUAUUCACUUAGUGUAUUUGUUUACUAUAAAAUUUAAAAUAUAUGUUUAUGCUUGGAA